CAAGGCACUCGAGUCUCGCGAGCAGAAGUCAAUCGACCGAGGGCCGUGCGGGCUCCCGACGACGUGUUGGCGACGGACAGCGGACAUUUGAAUGCAACGCGCUGCUUGAUUAAGCACAACAGCGAGCGCGAUGUUGGCACAUUGUGUGGUUUGUGCAACGCUGUUUGCGGCAACUGCUUUCUCCCAUGUGGACGCUGCUGCGAGGCCCAACUUCAUUAUAAUGCUCAUGGAUGACAUGGGCUGGGGAGAUCUCGGCAUCCUAGGCAACCCGGCAAAAGAGACUCCCAACCUGGACAAGAUGGCGACCGAAGGGGCGCUGCUGACUGACUUCUACACGGCCAAUCCACUGUGCUCGCCCUCCCGGGCGGCGCUGCUCACGGGCCGACUGCCCAUCAGGAACGGCUUCUACACUACCAACAACCACUCAAGAAACGGCUACACGCCCCAGGAAAUCAUGGGCGGCAUCCAGGACAACGAAGUGCUUAUCCCCGAGCUCUUGGCCGAGGCCGGCUACCGCAACAAGAUCGUCGGCAAAUGGCACCUUGGCCACCAGGAGCAGUAUCUACCCCUGAGACACGGCUUCCACGAGUGGAUUGGUUCGUCAAACUGCCACUUCGGCCCAUACGACAACGUCCACAGGCCGAACAUCGCCUUUUUCCGCAAUGACUACAUGAUUGGCAGGUACUAUGAGGACUUGGCGAUAAACCUGACAACACUUACGUCGAACCUGACCCAGUUGUACAUCAAGGAGGCGGUGCAGUUCAUCGAGAAGCAGGCAGCGCUGCGCCAGCCCUUCUUCCUGUACUGGGCGCCCGACGCCACGCACGCGCCCGUCUACUCGUCCGAGGAGUUCAGAGGACGCAGUCAGAGAGGACCCUACGGGGACGCCGUGAUGGAGCUGGACCAUGGUGUGGGCGUCAUAUUGGACGCCCUUCGUCGCACAGGGGCAGUAAACAACACUUUUGUCUUCUUCACCUCUGACAACGGAGCAGCGCUGGUCAGCAAAACACAAGGAGGCAGCAAUGGGCCUUUUCUGUGCGGCAAGCAGACAACUUUCGAAGGGGGCCUGCGGGAGCCCGCUAUCGCCUGGUGGCCCGGCACGAUUCCGGCGGGAAAGCAGGUCAGCGGAGUAGCAGCCACCGUGCUUGACCUUCUGCCGACGUUGUGCGAGCUUGCCGGUGUGGCGUUGCCCCCGUCUCUGGUCCUAGACGGCUCCAGCCUGACACACCUGCUGCUCGCGGAAUCGUCGUUGGAUGGCACGCACUUCCAGCCCAACAGGCCAGUGUUUUACUACCGCGGCAACGAGCUGAUGGCGGUACGCAACGGCCUCUACAAGGCGCACUUCUGGACCUGGACUAAUUCUUUGGAGGAGUUCAAGCAGCGUUCGCGCCGGUGCACAUCACGAUACGCGUGCCGGAUAACGCGCGGCGCACGCCACGUGCAGGGCAUCGACUUCUGCCCCGGGGUGGUGGUCGACGAGGUGACCUCCCGCGAGCAGCUCAACCACACGGCGUCGCCGGUUCUCUUCCACCUCGGAAGGGAUCCCGGAGAGAAGUACCCAAUCAGGCCGAAAAGCACAGAAUAUCGCGAAAGCGUGGCACCCAUUCUCAGCAUUUACUACGAGCACAAAGCAUCGUUGGUUCCUGGCAAACCGCAGCUAGACUGGUGCGACGCUGCUGUCAUGCACUGGGCGCCUCCUGGAUGUGAGAAGAUCGGACGCUGUCUCAGGAAGCCGCCGUCAAAGCCGUACCUGUGCGAGUGGCCCCACUAGGGCUGCACUGAGGUCUCAAAAAUCUGACUGAGAGGAGAAUCUCUCCUCUCCCGAUAGGCGUCACUGAACCUACAUUUCUCAUUCAUGUAUGCCCCAGACAUGGACAACUCAAGUCACAUAACUUCCGAUAAGCUUACUUGACAUAGUGUAGCUAGGUGAAGUUGUAAAAACAGCAAUUAAAGAUCACUGAUUAGACUUUUUGCAUGAAUGACAGAACAUUCAAUUGAAAAAAUUCACUGCCUGCUAACACACAGAAUUAUCCAGAAUCCUGAUUCAUGGGAUCAAUAUUUUCUCCUUUUCCUCUUUGACUCAUAGCUUUCAUUUGGUACUAUAUUCCUUUGUUGCCUGUUCCUUUCACUGUAGGUCUGCUAGAGUUCAGCUGCAUUUCCUCUGUUUUCAGGUUUACUACAGCAACAAAUACACUCUUUGAGCGAGUAAAUAAAAGUAUUUCCGCUGGUAGCAUAUCUCAUCAGUAUCAAUUGACAGAGUGAAAGAUCCUUUUUUUUUUAUCAAAUAAUGUAUAGCAAGGGCAGGUAAACCAUAUGAAUUUAGUAGGUUUCACUAACUGUCAUAGCUGUUCUCGAAGGUAGUGGUUUAAACUAAGGAUAUGGCUGUGAAGAGUGAAUAUACAAAUUUUAUGUUGUAUAGCUAACAGCAGCUGGUAAAAAAAAAUUUUUACAGCAGCACACAGCUGCAGAUUUACCGUACCUGUGAUUGCUGACUUCUGUAGUUGGGAUGGUUUAUUUUCUAUUUCUGCUUUCCAUCAGCUGUGUCCGUUAGCUAUUAUACAUGCAGUGACAAAGGCCACAUCUGGUUUGACAGACAUAGGCGUCAUGACUGUUCUAUAUUCUGUCUUGGUGCACCUGCAUAGAAUGCAAACAAUCUGUCAUUCUUGAUAAACUGCAUGCAAACCAUAAAUUAUUAUUUAACAUAUAGAAUUCUAGAUUGGCUGUCGUUACACAUAUAACUUCUAAAUUAUUCUAUCAAGUGGAGAUAAUUGGAUCCAUAGCAAUAAAAAGAAGUUUGAAGUAGUCAAGAUAGAAAAAAAAAAGAAAAACUCCACGUGUCGGCACUAUUACUUUUCUGUGCAAAAGCAGUACAUUGUUCCAAUACUGCAGAUGAAUGUGAUGUUUGUAGACUCCAACUUUUCAAUCACUCUCUGUCUGCUUGUAGUCAUGUAGAGCUGGAUUGGUGUCAUUUUCAUCUGUGGUUCGGAACAAAUGAACAAUGUUGAAUCUGAAUGAAGUUGUGAGAUCACAGUCAACUUCCAAUUGGUCAUUUUAUUCUUUUAGAGCCCUGAUUCUUUCAACCGACAUAACACGACAGUUCUACAGUGUGCACACAAGGCCCCACACAGGUACACGAAACAACUCUCAUAAAAAAACAACAUGAUAUGCACAAAGCUUCCCAGGAGGUCAAUUUCAGUGUGCAUGCUGGCCAUCAUGCCUGCAGUGUUUUUGCGUAUACUAGCUUGGUCCGUGGAAACUCAAGUGUCAAAUGUCAGUCACAUCAUGGUUGUGCAAUAAAGGUGACUGCAUAACUAAAGUCUUUACAUGGUAGGCCAGGUGUUAUUAGCAUAAUAUAAAACUAAUGUCUCCAAAAUGAAGGGAAGCUAGCAGGCUUCAGGGUACCGCAUUUCAAGAAAAUAAAUACACCCUCAUACAGUUGAGCCAGAUUACUCAAGAAUGAGCUACCAACAUUCCAGAAAGUUUGGAAGCAGUAUAAUUUUCUUAUCAUAAUGGUUGAUUGCCGUUACCAAUCAGUAAACUUGUUAAAUAGCAAGGUCAGUUUGAUUUUCGCUGAAAAACACAGCAUUAUAAAAGCCAAAGAAUAUUUCAACACAAAACCAUGUCUUUUGGGAAUUAAGCAUUGACCCACACUUAUGACACACCUGUUUUACAUUUAAGGGAUGAAACAUUGUAGGCUUCAUGCUAACCAACAUUAAUUUCUUUGUCUUGACCAUUUUCUUCAUUUUAUUAAAAUGCUAAUAAAUUUUUAUGAUGCCAUUCAACCAUUAACUUGGUACCCCUGAAGCACACCAAUAUGCUCUUUACAGUGAUACUAACUCCGUUUCAUUCACACAUUUGUGCACUGUGUUCAAGUACAUGAAUUGCCUAUCUCAACUUACUGCAAUUUUUUAGCUGUUGUUAAUAGAUAGUUAAUUUCACCCUUCUGUUGCAGCCUCAACUGGCUUACUUUUAUCUAGGUCUUGUAUCAAGGUGUCAGCAAUUAUAAUAAUUCAGCUUAAGAGUACUCUUCUUGAUCAGGUAGUUCCUUUCAUGUGGAACUGACAUGCCACAAUCCUUCAGUGAUCCUCUUUUCAUUUUUGGCAUUCAUAAGACAUAAUUGUUCUCUUUUUAGUGACAGAUGUUGAUAACUUGACCUAUUGACAAUGGCUCAUUUUUCUUAUCAGUAAUAAGGCUACGUGGGUAUGUUGACUGCACGGCCUUGUACACUCACUAUGUGCAUCAUAUAUAUCAGGCCAUGCAAAAAUGAAAAACAAAAACAAGUUCAUCACAGCAUUGCACAUCAAGCUGUCUACAUAAAGUACUAUAUUGCUGUUCUAUGUAAUAAUGACAUUACAUAUUGCCAAACGUCACUGUAUCGCAAAUGGGCUGUGAUAUGUCAUUAAUAAAUUAGCUGGGCAAAGUGUGGAAGCGAAAUUUGAGUGCCAUGGAUGAUUUAAAGAGAACAGGACUGCACACAUAAUUAGACAUUUGCAUUAAUGAUGAAAAAGAGCAAGAAAUGCAAGCAACUGUAUAGAAAAUGGAAAUGUUAACAAAAACGUUAGCAAACAUAUGCACUUUAGGCUUUGCAAAAUGUGAAUAAUACGAUCACCUUUUCCUGUGCAGCUCUUGUAAAAGAAAUCGUCCAUACGCAGCGGCAAAAAUAAAAAACACCAGCACAUCUCGUACCACAAAGUAAGUGCGUAAGAGUGCUUCAGCAUCAUAAAAAAAGCAUUGUCCGAGACCUUUCUCUGACUCUUGCCUCCAUCAUACAUGACAGCCUAAUGGCAUUUCACUGCCAAAAAACAGGCUGUUCUUCUUAUCAAGAGUUCACAUCAGAUAUAAAAAGUGUUCUAAGGCUAGACAAAGUUGUAAAAAAACAUUGUCAGAAACAGUCCAAAAACAGUGGUAAAAACACACCCCCUUAUGCUGGCCAAAUUCCUCAAGAUACUCAGAUAUGAAAAUUCUCAAAAAUGCAUGCAAGUAAUCUAAUCUUCAAAAGCUUGAUUCCCAUAGAGAUGACUCCAUUUAACAUGAAGCCUCCAAAGUGAGAAUGAAGUGUUGUAACAGAUGGCGUUGACACGCACGUCCAUGGGCUGGCACUAUGAUCCCCUGGCACCAUUAUAUGAGAUCAGGUGUGUGCGCUCCCAGAGUAUAAUUUUAUUUGUUAAUAACUGUCACGCACAUGCAUGCAACUGACGCACAGUUAGCUUUUUUUUAAAUAUAUGUGUGCCUACAAUAUACUGGCAUGCAGCAUAAAACACGUUGGCCUAAUUGAAAUGUUCAGCUUCUUUUUUUUUUCAUAAAAAAAAAAUGACUCAAGUUUGCGACAGGAAAAUUAUAUGUGUUAAUAAAAUAUGUAUAUAUCAGUACAGAUCUACGUUAGGAUCAGUUUUACACAAGCAUGCACACAUACAUUAUAUAUAUACACAGCCAAUGCUUUUUCCACCAAUACUAGUGAUGCAGAGUUAUUGAAGCUCAGACUCUAAAUUGUACUCAUUGUUCUUCAGUGGCCUCAGAUAGCCAGCUGCCAGGAAUAAAAACUUGAGGUGUUUGCUAUGAAAUACAAGUGAGCUGUGUUCUCAUUGUCCAAAUUAAAGAACGAAAGAUGAAA